AAGACGAGAGGCAGGGCAGGGCGACAAUGGAAGGACACCCAAAAACUCAACCAAGUUGUGCUUUUGAGCCUUUCGCGCAUCGGGUCAAAACUCCCUCGGGGACCGCUGGGCUGCUGAGAUAUGGCGCUGUGGCUCUCUCCGUCGGUGCCGUGUUGAUGCUCUGCGCCUCCAUGGCUGCUCUCCUUCUGAGGAAGGAAAACGAAAGGAAUGUGUACAGCGCUCAUUACAGCAUGAACAUCAACGGGGAGGUGAGGGAGGGCUCCGUGGAAAUCGAUUCCGACGACAACGUGGAAAUGUUCAAAACGGGCAGCGGAGACGAGGAAGCCGUGGAGAUCCGGGACUUUCAAAGCGGAAUAACUGCAAUCCGAUUCUUCGGGGGAGACAAGUGUUAUAUAAAAUCCCAAAUCAAAGGCAACCUACCUCGCCUGGGAGCUCACAACAAAGACUCACUGAUGUCUGACCCGACUGACGAAGACAUGCCUGUGAGGUUUGACGAAGAGUUCCUCAUCUGGGUUUCUUCCGAGCAGCCGAUCAAGGACAUCGCUUUCUUGAGCCCCAAGAUUCUGGCUCUGUGUGGAGAGCUACCUAUUUACUGGCUCCAACCACUUAUCCCCAAAGAUGGGGUAAGGGGGAAGAGGAGGAGGAGGGACUCACAACGGGCCAAGCGGCAGUCCCGUGUGGAGGUGUUGGAGGUGACGGCAAAGGAGGACUCCUCCAGGUUGGGAAAAGAUGGAGGGGAGGAGGAGCUUCAGUCAGAUGUGGGAUCGGGAUUCAACCCAGAGAAUCCCUAUCAUCGCGGAGGAGGCACAGGGACCGACGAGGGAGGCGCCAUGACCUUUGACUCCAUGCUGGACCACCAGGGGAUCUGCUGCGCCGAAUGCCAGCGCAGCUACACGCACUGUCAGAGAAUAUGCGAGCCUCUGCGCGGCCACUGGCCCUGGCCGUACAAUUACAGAGGAUGCCAGGUAGCUUGCAGAGUCAUUAUGCCGUGUCGCUGGUGGGUGGCACGCAUCUUGGGCAUCGUGUAAGCAAUGCACCCAAGACCCUAAAGGUCUCUCAACUUUCUGCUUGUGUGCCGCUACACUUUCUUUUCAAGUUAGACUAGCAGAGAACUACUCGCAAGCGGGACAUUUCAAGAAUGAUAGCACGUUAAGCAUAACAUGACUGUGUGAAUGCGGAGAAAGAAUCUCGUAUAAAAGUGCAUAAAGACAUUUUUACAAUCAUGUCUUUUUUGAUCACUAGCGCUGAUAUGGGCCAAUAAAUAUCUCGGCUAAACCUAUGAAACAACUAAAUCACAGAAGCCUUUUUGUUUAGCUCAGUAACGUUUUCAGCAAAUAAUGGAAACAAAAAAGCACAGAUGUCAAAGCAUCAUCAGAUCAUUGCAUUAACCAAAUGUCCACAUUACAGUGAUGUCAUAACAUAAGACUUUGAUUGACAGUGAUUUCUGCCUACAUGUAGCAACUUUUAUUGAGCUUGGCUGUGAUACGCCAUGAUAUACAAACUAGCCUCAUUUAUUUAUUCUUUAGCAUUUUAGCUUAGCGGUAGUGUCUCUCAGCAUUCAUCAGUGGUAAACACAAGUAUUGGUAAUAUCAAUUUUAAAAGCAGUAGUUCUUUUUUCUUUCACACUAACAAACACAGUGUCUACAAUUAGCAAGCAUAUGUAAGUAUUGUGGCGCCUUAAUGUGUAUUGCAGCACGCUAAAAGCUAUCCCCCUGACAUCGUGUCGCUUUUGCGACUGCAGCAUUUGCAAUAAAUUGUCGUUUAAGUAUU